AGAAAAGACAUUAAUUUGAUGACAGCUGGUCACAAAAAGAGAAAAGUUGGCCAGUUAUUGUCAGUAAUUUCUCGUUAUUUAGAAAUCUAAAAGAAAAAGUGCAUUGUGAAAAGAUACCUGUGAAACAGUAAUACAUUUAUGUGAAGAAACGAAGUACUAUUUCUAUUUAAUUAGGUAGUAUUAUAAUUACUCAAACUAACCGGCGUCACUAUGUCGGACGAGAGUCAUCCAAAAACUCUGUAUGUUGGAAACUUGGAUGCUUCCGUUUCCGAAGAUCUACUUUGUGCUCUUUUCUCACAAAUAGGACCCGUUAAAGGAUGUAAAAUCAUUCGGGAACCUGGUAAUGAUCCUUAUGCCUUUGUAGAAUUUACAAACCACCAAUCUGCAUCAACAGCCUUGGCUGCCAUGAAUAAGAGAGUGUUUUUAGAUAAAGAAAUGAAAGUUAAUUGGGCUACAAGUCCAGGAAAUCAACCUAAAUUGGAUACAUCCAACCAUCAUCAUAUAUUUGUUGGUGAUUUAUCUCCUGAAAUUGAGACUGAAACUUUAAGAGAAGCCUUUGCACCAUUUGGAGAGAUAUCUAAUUGCAGAAUAGUUCGAGAUCCCCAAACAUUAAAAUCCAAAGGAUAUGCAUUUGUUUCAUUUGUUAAAAAGGCCGAAGCUGAGAAUGCCAUUCAAGCUAUGAAUGGCCAAUGGUUAGGUAGCAGAUCUAUUCGUACAAACUGGUCUACGAGGAAACCUCCACCACCUAGAACUGAGAAAGCCAAUCCAAGGAGUAAACAACCAACAUUUGAUGAGGUAUACAAUCAGAGCUCACCAACUAAUUGUACUGUCUACUGUGGUGGUUUUGUGAAUGGGCUUUCCGAAGACUUGAUGCAGAAAACUUUCAGUCCAUUCGGGAUGAUACAAGACAUUCGUGUAUUCAAGGAUAAGGGAUAUGCUUUCAUUAAAUUUGCUACAAAGGAAUCAGCAACUCAUGCUAUCGAAAGUAUUCAUAAUACCGAAGUGAAUGGUCAGCUGGUAAAAUGUUUUUGGGGUAAAGAAAAUGGGGGUAUGGGGGAUUCCAUGAAUAUGGGUUCAGCUGGUACAGGAGCUUCAGCGGUUCCUGCUCAAUCCUAUUCCUAUGGCUAUGGAGGUUAUUGGUAUCCUCAGAGUUAUGGUGGUUAUAUGCAAGGUAAUUAUCCACCAUAUCAACAGUAUCAGUAUGGAGCUGGUCAACAAUAUUGUGUGAUGCCUCAACAAGGACAAUACCCGAAUCAACCGAAUCAGCAGUCGGUAAUGUACAGCAAUGUGCAAAAAUAUCCUUCACAAUGAAUGGAAUUCGCCUAAUUUCCUAAAUCUAAAGACUUUGAACGAAUAUAGUGAACCUAUUCUACUGUUUUUGGCUUCAAUUGGGUAGUAGUAUAACUUUAUUGAUAAUGAAGAUAUUCAACUCUUCAGAUAUAUUUUUGUAAAAUACUUUUUUCAUCUUCAUGAUUUAGAGAUUUAUGACUCAAUAAUAAAAUAUGUGUUGUGAUGCCAAAACACAGUAGAUAUUAAAUCCAAAUCAACAGUGAGUGAUAAGUUAAGUUAUAUGUAAGAAUUGCAUCAAUGAUUGCAAAUCGAUCAUAAUUGAAUGAUGUAUGUAAAUGGACUCGAUAUUUCUUUGAAAAGGACUUGGACUCAUAGUGUUUCAGUUUAAGAAGUUAUGGUAUAAAAUUAGAUUAGUGUAAACAUGUAACCCUAAAUGAGAAAAAUCAACUGGUUAACCUACAUUUGUAAUAUCAAGAUCAUGUAGAGUAAAACAAUGUUCCAUUCACAAGUUGAUGUCUUAUCGAGGCAAAACAAUUUUAUAACAAAUGUAUAUGCUAGUUAAAUAAAAAUUUCAGGUCUGGGA